ACAACAAAAUUCCAUCUUUUGUCUGAAAGAGUAGAGAAUUCAAGAGACAGUUAUCUUCUAGAUCAUUAUUUUCCGGCGAAUCUUCCGAAAAACUUUAACAUGAUCUCCAUCGUAAUCAUUACUGAGCUACUAGUGGAGUACACGACGGCUAUUGCUAAACUCACCGUCGGGAUUCUUCCUAGACGGCAAGGCGACGGGAACUUCGUUCGAAUUGGCGGUUUCUCUUUAUAUUGUCCACCUAGAUCCUCACCGAUUCCGGAUUUUUCUUCUCAUCUUGUCGAUUUCUGAUAUGUGACGAUUGUGGAUUGUUUUUUCUUUUUUAGUACUACGUUUUUGAUCGAGUUGUUUUUUCUUACACACUUUUAAAAAAUUAAUUUGAAGAGU